GGGGAAGGAGCCAUGGCUGCUUCUGAGGGUGACAUCCAGCGUCUCCGUGAUGAAGCCACUUGCUCCAUCUGCCUGGAUUACUUCAAGGAUCCAGUGACCAGCCCAGAGUGUGGGCACAACUUCUGCCGAUCCUGCCUUAUCCAGUGCUGGGGGGAAUCGGAGGCAGAGGCUUCCUGCCCUCAGUGCAGAAAAAGAGUUCAGAUAAGGAGCCUCAUCCCCAACCGGCAACUGGCUAACAUGGUAGAAUUUAUUGAGAAUCUCAGCGUUCAAGGAGGGAAAGAAGAAAGAAAAGGCAGAACCUGCGAGGAUCACCAGGAGCCCCUGAAGCUCUUUUGCAAAGUCCAUGAAGCCCCCAUCUGCCUGGUGUGUGACAAAUCAAAGGAACAUGAAAACCACAAGGUGAUUCCUCUGGGGGAAGCUUUUCAGGAAUACAAGGGAGAGAUCUGUCGCCGCCUGGAGAUUCUGAGGAGAGAGAGAGAGGAAAUUGUGGCCUAUGAAGCAUAUCUGGUCAAGGAAUGCAAAGACCUCCUGGAAUUAACAGAAAGAGAGAGGCUGAAGACUGUAGAGAAGUUCAGACAACUGCGCCAGUUCCUGGAAGAACAGGAAAAACAUCUGCUGAAUCAUGCAGAAGAGGUGGAGAAGGAGAUUGCAGGGAGAAGGAAUGAGCAGCUGGACAGACUCUCCAGGAAACUCUCCUCUCUUGAGAUGAUCAUCAAGGAGAUGGAGGAAGCGUGUCAGCAGCCAGCGAGAGAACUCCUGCAGGAUGUGAGAAGGACCUUGCAGAGGUAUGAGAAAAGAGAGAGUCCAGAGAAGCCACUGCCUUUCCUCCCAGAACUGAGGAACAGGAUCUUGGAAUCCUGUGAUCUAAAUCACCUUGUGGAGGAUACAAUGAAACAAUGGAAAGAUGCUCUGUUAUACAGAAAACCGAUUCAGAAAGCAAAUGUGACUCUGGAUCCAGACACAGCCCAUCCUGAACUCAUCCUGUCGAAGGACCGGAAAAGCGUGAGAAGGGGAGACAAAGAGCAAGUCCUGCCCAAAAAUCCUGAGAGAUUCAACUUCUGGCCUUGUGUGUUGGGAUGUGAGGGAUUCACAGCAGGCAGACAUUUCUGGGAAGUCACUGUGGAAAGUGGGGAAUGGUGGGAUGUGGGCGUUGCCAGGAAGUCUGUGAGGAGAAAGGGCCGCUUCUCCUUUACGCCUGAGGAGGGGAUCUGGGCUGUGCGGAAGUCUGGAGGCCAGUACUGGGCCUGCACCUCCCCUGAUCCCUCUCCUCUGUCCCUGAGUGAGAAGCCCAGGAGGAUCCGGGUGACUCUGGACUAUGAAGGGGUACGUGUGUCUUUUUCUGACGCUGACUCAGGAGCCGCACUCUGCACGUUCUCAGGAGCCUCGUUCUCUGGAGAGACCCUCCUCCCUUUCUUUAAUCUGUGGAGGAAUAGAACCCACCUCAUUAUCUCCUGAGGAGACUAAAUCUGUCUCUCAGGCCCAGCAGGAGUUUCUCUCCAGGCCAGAGUGACUGAUAUAAAAAAACAAUUACCCACCAAGAGCACUUUGGGCAGUU